AUGAGCACGGGGAUAUCUCUGGAUGCCCCUGUCGCCGAACUGUUCAAAACUCUAAGCGAACUCUUCGAUUAUGGACAGACACUGACCUUGGCAUUAAAAGCGUUUUGGAGUUGGCGGCAACUGGCGACAAAGACGGUCGAUGCCUACAUUGGAACCCUGCGAGAGCUGGUUCUGAGGGCCUUUCCGGGCAAAGUCCCCGACCCCAUACUACGAUCGCGGUCAAAACCUAUCGCCGUGGACGGACCCAACCGCAGGAUCGUUUUAGACAUAAUUGGACCACUGCCGACUACGCAUCGUGGUAACCGGUUCGUAUUAUUUAUAAUCAACUACUUUUCUAAGUGGUGCGAGACGACGCCGUUGCAAAACCAAGACGCGAAAUCAGUAGUAACAGCCAUUAUCACCUAUAGGAUUAACCGCUAUGAGGCACCCACGAAAAUGGCGUUUGAAAGCCACCUCUUGGCCCAGCUGUUCUCUGCUCCAGAUAAAGAAGACUGGCACCACUCCGUACCACCCAAAAGAGAACGGGCUGAUCCAGCGAACGAACAGAACCAUUAA